GCGCCCGGAACCGGAAGUGCGGCGCGGCGGGAGAUUCGGCUUGUUGCCGGGUGACCGGGAAACCCGCCCCGCCCCGCCCCGGCCGGGGCCGCGCGCCGGUGAGGUGGGGGCCGGAGCGGGAGGAGGCGGCGGACCGGGGGCCGGUCCCGGGAGCGGGGUGCGGAGGCCCCAGGGGGCCCGGCCCGGCCCCGGUGUCCCCGGAGCCGCUAGGCCGCACCGGCGGCCCGCGGGACCGGGCAGGGGCGGGGGGUGCGCGGAGCCGCCGCGGCGCCCUGCAGCCCCCGGAACAUGGUGCAGAUCGUGAUCUCCAGCGGCGGGGCCGGCGGCCCGGCGGAGUGGGUGCUGGUGGAGCUCCAGGGCGAGGUCGAGCCCCGCGGCGGCGGCGGGCUGGCGGGGAGCCUCCUGGGUGACCUGCACUACACGAGAGAGGGGGCUCCCGUGCUCAUCGUGGGCCACCACAUCCUCUACGGGAAGCUGGUGCAGCUGGAGAAGCCCUUCGCGGUGCUGACGAAGCAGGGCCCCCCCGGUGAGCACAGCCCCCCCGACGAGCACAGCCCCCCCGGGGCGCCCGCCCGCUACGCCCUCACCGCCCUCAUCCGGACCAAGCUGCUCUUCAAGACCCGCCCCAAGCCCAUCAUCACCAACGUGCCCAAGAAGGUGUGAGGGCCCCCGCGCCCCCCCACCCCAAGAGACUGGCCGCUGCACCGGUGAGCUGCGCUCAGCCCAGCCCGACCUGCACUGCCAUCUCACGUCACCCUCUAAGAGCGGCCCCGAGAGCUGCUGGCGCAGGCAGAGUAGGGGGGACCCGGCCCCAGACCCCCCCUGCCACUCCGUGGGGCAGCCCUUGAGCCCCCCCCACCGCCCGGGGGGGCUGCUGUGGGGCUGGAGCAGCAGGAGCGGGGCACUGAUUUCCCUCACACACACACACGCAGCAGCCUUCCUCUGUGCAAGUCUUUAUUGUGACAAACCCGUCGGGAUACAAAACCAGACCUUUAAAAUAUGAAAAAACGCAGAUUAAAAAAUAAAUAGUUUUACAAACAA